CGGCGGCGGCGGCGGCGCGGACUGACGGACUCGCACUCGGGCGGCCGGAGCGGUGAGGUGAGGCGUGGAGGGCAGCGACAGACAGAGACACACACACACGGAGAGAGAGAGAGAGCUGACGGGCUGGCAGGCAGGAGCCUCGGGGCGCCCGCUGCCGUUUCUUCCACAGCCCGCGAGGCAGCAGCUUGAUGUGGACAGUGUAUGCUGCAGAAUAUUUGGCAGUUAUUGUGCGGUGCUUUAUCAAAGUCGACCAAGGCACUUCAUGCAACUAAAUUACACUUCUGCUCAUCCAGAGGUUACAACAAAGCAAACCAUGAACGUGGGUACAGCUCACAGUGAGGUGAAUCCAAAUACCCGGGUUAUGAACAGCCGGGGGAUCUGGCUGUCAUAUAUCCUAGGCAUUGGGCUACUUCAUAUCAUUCUCUUGAGUAUCCCGUUCUUCAGCGUGCCAGUGGUAUGGACGCUCACCAAUAUUAUUCACAAUAUGGGCAUGUAUAUAUUUCUGCAUACGGUAAAGGGAACGCCUUUUGAAACUCCAGACCAAGGAAAGGCACGGCUGCUGACGCACUGGGAGCAGAUGGAUUAUGGAGUGCAGUUUACAGCCUCACGCAAAUUCCUCACCAUCACGCCCAUUAUCUUGUAUUUCCUAACCAGUUUUUACACAAAAUACGACAAGUUACAUUUUGUUAUAAAUACGAUUUCACUGAUGAGCGUCCUCAUCCCAAAACUCCCUCAACUUCACGGAGUCAGGAUCUUUGGCAUUAACAAGUACUAAACACAGCACGACGGCAAGUGAGAAAGGAAAAGCUACUGUGACAACCGACUGCAGAAAGGACACAUCAUGCUGCUCAGACAUUAUACCCUGCACCCUUCAGACUCUUAGCAUGGACAUUUUAUUAUAAUUGGUAUAUUUGUGAGUGAAGCAGCUCAAUGUGGUUGCUGAGGUAUCUCAUUAAAUAUUUGCAGUGCUUCGAAUAGAAAGCCUGCUUUUUUUGUUUACUGCUUAUAGAUCCCAUUUUCUCGGACAAUAUUUUUGAUUCUUUGGCUGCCAUAUUGUUAUGGAGCUUUUGAUAUUGUAGACAUUUAGUUGAUAUUGGGUGCUAAUUUCACUGUCUAUUGACCAAGCUGUAAUCAGAGUAUAACUUGUAGAUAUUGUAAUGGAAGUAGACUUAUGAAGGUACACAGUUUGAAUGAUAUUUGCAGGAAAUGUGUUUUGCAAGUUACAAUGGAAACAAUUGGUACAAAAAUUGUAAUAUCAGAGCAUUUGAUGCCGCACCAUGGUAGGAUUAGGGGUCCUUUUCUUUGCUGAGGUACUUGGAAAAAUGGUCUAGAUGGCAUAGAAGCCCCUCAAGAAACAGUGCUGGUCUUACUGUGCGUUUUAAUUGCUUUUUUUUUUGCAGAUUAUUAUUUAUUUUUUGUUCUUGAUCUCAAGUGUUCAGUGUUGUAGAAUGUGAAACACUAGUAAAAGGGUGAGAUUUGAAACACAGCUCAUGAAUGUUUGAUUUUUAAAAAGUUGGAUUCCGGAUACAUUUUCUAAAAUAUACAAAGUGUUAUGUAAUACAGAGCCCAUGCGUUAAUCGAGAACAAGUGAGGCUGCAUAAUUAAAAUUAUCUAAGAAGUAGGGAAUCUCAGAAUGUGAUUUUUUUUUUUUUUUUUUUUAAACGUAUAAAAACAAAUCAGGAUGUUAAUUGUUGGAAUACUGUAAAACAAUCAUGCAAGUUUCCUGUAAAUUUGCCUUUUUAAAAACACAAGUCUCUGGUUGUCUUACCUAUUCUGUCAUUCCUUCAGAAUAUAUUGUAAUUUGACUGAUUGAAAAAAAUGCGGCACGAUGCUCUUAAUUGUUUUAAUUUUUACUAGAUGGUAGUGAUGUACCUGACUUUUAUAAUCUUGUAAUAUACUUGCUGCAAACUUGAAGUGCAGGCUCGUUCAUACAUACAGUUUGCCCUCCUUGCUGCCUGUUAGGACUACUAAAAUCAAUAGCACUGUGAAUCAUGAUUUUAAGCAAUAAUAUAUGGAAGAAUACAAAGAGAAUACAAAGCAAGGGAUCAAAGAUAAGCAUGAACAGGAGAUUCCUUGUAAGGGAUUGUAUAUAGAUUGCUGAACCUUUAUCUUUAAUAAUGGUAGUUUUAAACCAGUCCUUGCUAAAGAGCCAUCAAUUGUAAAAAAAAAAAACUCCAAGCAAAAUUCCUAAUUCCCGAAAUUGUAGAGUUGUUUGAUUUCGUGCAA